AUGUCGAGUUAUCAAAAACUUUUAAAAAGAGUUUUUAAUUUGGUAUUAUUAGCRUUAUUUGUUAUUGGAUCUUUUGCUGCACACGAACCGAAUUCAACAAAUGAGGAAAAUACUAUUGGAAAGAAAUGGGUAUUUUUGGUUGCUGGUUCAGAUGGAUGGAACAAUUACAGACAUCAGUUUUAUGAAAGGAAUCCAACGCCAGGAAAGAUCAUCAACAAGCCCGACGGAGAUAAUGUUUACCAAGGAGUUAAAAUCGACUACAAAGGAAAAGACGUGAAUAAGAAAAAUUUCCUAAAGAUCAUCACCGGUGACAAAGCAGGCAUGCGAUCCAUUGGAACUGGCAGAGUCAUUCAAGGAGGACCACUCGAUAGAAUUUUCAUUAAUUUUGUCGAUCACGGUUCRACUGGAUUAUUAAGUUUUCCACAUGAUUAUUUGUACGCCGAUGAACUGAACAAUGCGUUUAAUAGAAUGCAUGGAAAUAAAACUUAUAAAAAGAUGUUGUUGUAUGUUGAAGCGUGUGAAUCCGGAUCUAUGUUUGAUGAUAUACUCAGUGAAAACACAAACAUUUUUGCAGUAACCGCGGCUGGACCUAGAGAAAGUUCAUACGCUUGCUACUGCAGUCGUUCUGAAACUGGGUAUUACCGUACAUGUCUCGGAGAUCUGUUCAGUGUCAAGUGGAUGGAAGAUCUAGACAUGCAUACGUCCAAACUCUCAGCAAGGAGACGAACCAUUUUCAACGACUUCAGGGUGGUCAGAACAAACGUMUCCAAAAGUAAUGUCAUGAUUUACGGAGAUUUGGAGUUAGGAAGCGAGAAACUAUCUUCGUUUAUCGGUUAUACUGGAAAUGACGAUGUUCAGUCGUCAUAUGUGAAACAGUCAAAUGAAUUCAAUAUUAAAAACACAGUAUCCAGCCGAGAUGUAUACGAGAGUAACAUACAAUAUGGAUUGGCACAAGAUGAGUUGUCGCUUUCGGAAUCGCUCAAGUUGUCAGCGGAGUUACGUCAAAAUAAAGAAAUGAGAUCCGUCAUAGACUCUGUAUUACGGAACAUUUAUUCGGAGGUCGUGAAGGCGAGACCUAACAUCAAGAGUGAAAUCGGUGAAUACCACGAACCCAAAUAUUUAAAACUGAAUUUGGCCAUGUUCCCGUGCUACAGAAGCAUUUUGAAUAAAAUCACUGAGAGCUGCUUUUCUUUGCCACGGAAUCCAUACGUCUUGGACCACUUAACGGUUUUCGCUAACAUGUGUGUCGUCGACAAUCAAAUCAACCAGAUAGUCGACAGUAUUGUCGUUCAAUCAUGUUUGGAUGUACCAAAAAACAUAACAAACGUACAAUAAAAUU